AUGUGGAGCGUAACGGCCCCCAGCCCGCAGCGUGAAGGCGGGCAGGCUGCUCCGGGCUGGAGGCAGCUGCCCUGCUGCGGCGUGGAGCUGGGGCAGCUUCUCACGAUAGCCCCCUCCCGAGCGCUGGGGAGCUGUGGGCGCCGCACACUGCUCCAUGCCCACACCGCCCUCAGCGGUGGUGGUUCUCUCCUCCUCUGGCUGGUGUAUGACAGGGAGACGGGAAAGCCGAAGGGCUAUGGCUUCUGUGAGUACCAAGACCAGGAGACGGCCCUUAGUGCCAUGCGGAACCUGAACGGGCGAGAGUUCAGUGGGAGGGCCCUGCGCGUCGACAACGCGGCCAGCGAGAAGAACAAGGAGGAGCUGAAGAGCUUGGGCACAGGUGCACCCAUCAUAGAGUCACCCUAUGGGGACCCUGUUAACCCUGAAGAUGCCCCCGAGUCCAUCAGCCGGGCAGUGGCCAGCCUGCCGCCCGAGCAGAUGUUUGAGCUGAUGAAGCAGAUGAAGUUGUGUGUCCAGAACAGCCCGCAGGAAGCCAGGAACAUGCUGCUCCAGAACCCCCAGCUGGCUUACGCCCUGCUGCAGGCCCAGGUGGUCAUGAGGAUCGUCGACCCGGAGAUCGCACUGAAAAUCCUGCAUCGCCAGACCAGCGUUCCUCCUCUGAUCCCAGGCAACCAGCAGCCAGUGCCAGGGCCGGGCCCUGGACCGGGACCGGGGCCUGGGCCAGGGCCAAACGCCCAGCUGAACCCGCAGAACACCCCCUCGUCCCAGCCACAGCCCAUAGGUGGGAUGCACGUAAACGGUGCUCCUCCUCUGAUGCAGCCGCCCAUGCAGGGAGGAGUGCCGGCCCCAGGACAGAUGGCAGCCCCUGUGCAGGGCCCGGGCCCUGGCCCCAUGGCUCCAGGAGGUGGGAUGCAGCCGCAGGUUGGGAUGCCGGGAGGAGGGCCUGUCCCCUUGGAGCGCGGACAAGGGAACCUGCAGCUCUCGCCCGUGGGACCUGCCAGGCCUGCGUCUAUCGAACGCGUUCAAGUGCCCAUGCCAGACCCGAGGGCCCCUAUGCAGCGUGGACCUCUACCUGCUAGUGGCCCGCCGCCCCGAGGCCUUUUGGGAGAUGCCCCGAAUGACCCUCGCGGAGGGACCCUGCUCUCAGUCACUGGAGAAGUGGAGCCCAGAGGUUACCUUGGGCCGCCCCACCAGGGAGCCCCUAUGCACCAUAUGCCUGGUCAUGACAGCCGUGGCCCCCCCCAUGAGAUGAGGGGGGGACCCAUGGGAGAACCCCGACCACUGAUGGGAGAGCCGCGGGGGCCUUUGAUGGAUGCUCGAGUCGGAAGAGAUCCCCGAGGGCUGGAGCCACGAGGAUUGGAGCCGCGAGGGCUGGAGCCCCGGGUGAUGGAGGCGAGAGCCCUGGAGGCACGAGGCCUGGAGCCGCGGGUCCUGGAGCCACGAGUGCUGGAAGCUAGGGCCAUGGAGGCCAGGGUCAUGGAGCCCCGGGGCCUGGAGCCUCGAGGGCCGGGUCCCAAUCCACGUGGCCCCAUGCCUGGUGGGAUACAGGGUCCUGGGCCACUUAACAUGGGAGCCAGUGGCCCGCAGGGGCCCCGGCAGGUUCCUAACAUGGCAGGGGCAGGCAUGCAGGGAGGACAAGGGGUCCAAGGAGCUGGUCAGCCCGGAGGCUUUAGCCCUGGACAGAGCCAGGUCACUCCCCAGGAUCACGAGAAGGCAGCCCUGAUCAUGCAGGUUCUGCAGCUGACAGCGGACCAGAUCGCCAUGCUGCCCCCAGAGCAACGGCAGAGCAUCCUUAUUCUGAAGGAGCAAAUCCAGAAGUCCACGGGGGCACCCUGA